AUUUCCCGCUGUCAGGAUGAGGAGGCGGAGGUCGGCGCUCGGGUCCGUCUCUGCCCGGGGCUGUGGCGGUGCCGGCGGCUCCAGCCUUAGCGGUUCCUCCCUGGGCAGCGGCGGCGGUGGCUCGGUCGACGCCUCUUCCGCCAGCUGAGCCCGCGACAGCCCGGGACGCCGCUUCCCCGCCCAUCCCCGCUCCCCGAGGCCGGCCGCCUGGCCAUGGCGCAGCCGGGCCCGGCUCCCAAGCCUGACGUUUCUCUUCAGCAACGGGUAGAAGAAUUGGAAAAGAUUAAUGCAGAAUUUUCACGUACACAGCAGCAGCUUGAGCAAGAAUUUAAUCAAAAUAGAGCAAAAUUUAAGGAACUAUAUUUGGCUAAAGAGGAGGAUCUGAAGAGGCAAAAUGCAGUGUUACAAGCUGCACAGGAUGAUUUGGGACACCUUCGGACACAGCUCUUGGAAGCUCAGGCAGAGAUGGAGAAUAUUAAGGCUAUUGCCACAGUCUCUGAGAAUACUAAGCAGGAAGCUAUAGAUGAAGUGAAAAGGCAGUGGAGAGAAGAAGUUGCUUCACUUCAGGCCGUUAUGAAAGAAACAGUUCGUGACUAUGAGCACCAGUUUCACCUUAGGCUGGAGCAGGAGCGAGCACAAUGGGCACAGUAUCGAGAAACUGCAGAACGAGAAAUAGCUGACUUAAGAAGAAGACUGUCUGAAGGUCAAGAGGAAGAAAACUUAGAAAAUGAAAUGAAAAAGGCUCAAGAAGAUGCUGAAAAACUUCGGUCUGUUGUGAUGCCAAUGGAGAAGGAAAUUGCAGCUUUGAAAGAUAAACUGAUAGACGCUGAAGAAAAGAUUAAAGAGCUGGAGGCCUCAAAGGUGAAAGAACUGAACCAUUAUCUGGAAGCUGAGAAGUCUUGUAGGACUGAUCUAGAAAUGUAUGUAGCUGUUUUGAAUACUCAGAAAUCUGUUCUACAAGAAGAUGCUGAGAAACUGCGGAAAGAAUUGCAUGAAGUUUGCCAUCUCUUGGAGCAAGAGCGCCAACAACACAACCAGUUAAAACAUACAUGGCAGAAGGCUAAUGACCAGUUUCUGGAAUCUCAGCGUUUGCUAAUGAGAGACAUGCAGCGAAUGGAGAUUGUGCUAACUUCAGAACAGCUCCGACAAGUUGAAGAACUGAAGAAGAAAGAUCAGGAGGAGGAUGAACAACAAAGGCUUAAUAAAAGAAAGGAUCAGAAAAAAGCAGAUGUUGAGGAAGAAGUAAAAAUACCAGUAGUGUGUGCUUUAACUCAAGAAGAAUCUUCAGCCCAGAUAUCAAAUGACGAGGAGCAUUUAGACAGCACCCAUGGUUCAGUGCAUUCCUUAGAUGCAGACUUAUUGUUACCAUCUGGAGAUCCAUUCAGUAAAACGGACAAUGACAUGUUUAAAGAUGGACUCAGGAGAGCACAGUCUACAGAUAGCUUGGGAACCUCGGGCUCAUUGCAAUCCAAAGCUUUAGGCUAUAACUACAAAGCAAAAUCUGCUGGAAACCUGGAUGAGUCGGAAUUUGGACCACUUGUGGGAGCAGAUUCAGUGUCUGAGAACUUUGAUACGGCAUCCCUUGGGUCACUACAGAUGCCAAGUGGGUUUAUGUUAACCAAAGAUCAGGAAAGAGCAAUCAAGGCAAUGACACCAGAACAAGAAGAGACGGCAUCUCUCCUUUCCAGUGUCACCCAGGGUAUGGAGAGUGCAUAUGUGUCCCCCAGUGGUUACCGCUUAGUCAGUGAGACAGAAUGGAACCUCCUGCAGAAAGAGGUACAUAAUGCUGGAAAUAAACUUGGUAGACGCUGUGAUAUGUGUUCCAAUUAUGAAAAACAGCUACAAGGAAUUCAGAUUCAGGAGGCUGAAACAAGAGACCAGGUGAAAAAACUACAGGUGAUGCUAAGGCAAGCUAAUGACCAGCUAGAGAAGACCAUGAAAGAUAAACAAGAGCUAGAAGACUUCAUCAAGCAGAGUGCUGAGAACUCUAGUCAUCAGAUCUCUACACUUGUCCUGAGAGCCCAAGCAUCUGAGGUCUUACUUGAAGAAUUACAACAAGGCUUUUCCCAAGCAAAGAGAGAUGUUCAAGAGCAGAUGGCAGUGCUGAUGCAGUCCCGGGAACAGGUUUCAGAAGAGCUUGUGAGACUACAGAAAGACAAUGACAGCCUCCAGGGGAAGCACAGCUUGCAUGUGUCAUUGCAGCAAGCAGAAGACUUCGUCCUCCCAGACACGAUGGAGAUGCUCCAGGAGCUGGUACUAAAAUAUCGUGAGAACAUCAUUCAUGUGCGGACAGCAGCAGAUCACAUGGAAGAGAAGCUGAAGGCUGAAAUACUGUUCCUGAAAGAGCAAAUUCAAGCAGAACAGUGUUUAAAAGAAAACCUUGAAGAAACUCUGCAGCUAGAAAUAGAAAACUGCAAGGAGGAAAUAGCUUCCAUUUCUAGUCUAAAAGCUGAAUUAGAAAGAAUAAAAGUAGAAAAAGGACAGUUGGAAUCCACAUUAAGAGAAAAGUCUCAACAGCUUGAGAGUCUCCAGGAGAUAAAGGUCAAUUUGGAAGAACAGUUAAAGAAGGAGACUGCUGCUAAGGUUACUAUUGAACAACUAAUGUUUGAAGAGAAGAACAAAGCUCAGAGAUUACAGACAGAAUUAGAUGUCAGUGAACAAGUCCAGAGGGAUUUUGUGAAGCUCUCUCAGACUCUUCAGGUGCAGUUAGAGCGGAUCCGGCAAGCCGACUCCUUGGAGAGAAUUCGGGCAAUUCUGAAUGACACCAAACUGACAGACAUUAACCAGCUCCCUGAGACAUGACACUCUGAUGCAGGAUUCUAGCCUACACUUUGGGUUUUUAACUCAUCUUUAGAGCAACAUAAUUAUUUAACUCUUAACUGAAGCAGAAUCACAACAAAAGGAAGACUGGAGAAGUGCUCAUGUCUAGUGGGAGAAGACUGCAGCACAGGAACAGCCAAUAGACCUUUCCAGCAGGAACACUAACAGAACUCCAGACUUGAUUCCAGCAGGUGUGCAGUCCGAUGUGGUGAUGGCUGUUUCCUUGCCUACUUCCCCAACAUGGAUUUUUGGAACACGUUUCCCUAUCCUAAAGCAACUUCCCAAUAGUGUUUGAAAUUACAUUUUCUGUUCAUAGAUUAUGGGGAGAGAAGUGUCUUUUUCUGUUGACUAGAGCCCAUCAGUAGCAGUGUUCAGCUAGCAGACAGAGGUGUAGUGUGCUGUAUGAAUAUUUUAUAUUAAAAUAUGAAGUGAGAGCAGGCCAUUGGCUGUUGACUGUGUUUCCCUUGCUCAGUGCAUUUUCUUUCUUUUUACCAUUUUAUCUUAUAUUGGAGGACCUUAAAUGCUACUGAAACUUGAUUGAGAACCGUAAGACUGGCGAACAAAACCAAUUCAAGAACAGAACUAGGAUUUGAAAACUUGGCUGAGGCCAUAUAUAUUGGAAGUUGAACUUAAAGGAAAAGCACAAGAAACUCUUUGCACUUUUUCUGCAUACCUGAAUGAUCUUCAUGGGCCUACAGGUACCAGGGUAAAGUUGAACUGGCACCAUCUAUUCUUUUGAAGUGUUCUAGUUAUUGGAUCAGUGGGAAAAAACAAAACAAAACUAUGUCUCACAACAUCUAGUAAAUAUUUAUAAAUCUGCUUAUUUUCAGCUUUAAUCAAUGGGUGUGAGAUUUGUUUAAAAAAUGUCACAGACAUGAUGGUAAUGAAGCUGGACAGAUACUUUGCGUUUUUCUUUUAUGUAAUUUAGACCUGGAGUGUGACAGUGCUUUAUGCUGAAGUUGGGAGGAACUGUCCAGUAUGAUGAUCAGUUUGGAAAUCUGCUUUGUCAUUUUCUAAGAGGUGAGAUGCCUUUCCUGUGUGAAGAAAGCCUCAGUGGGACAGGCUACCUGUGCCACAGCUUUAUGAGUGAGUCAUGUUCACUACUUACCUGCUUAGUACCAUCCCAAGUAGCCAGUGGAAGGCAGGCUGUGCUGUUUAGUUCAUUACAUAGAUGGUUCAGAAGUUGCUUUCAAGUAAUUUUUGCAAUUGUGUUGCAUAACAGCCAGUACCCAAAGGAACCUUAUGGGAAUUAGUGAAUUUACAGCCACCAUCAACUUAAAAGUGGACUAUUAUAAAUGAAGUCAUUAUGAAUUUGCCCUAAAGAUCUUUACUUUCUUCCAUAGAACAGAUGCUAAGGACUGUAUUACCUCAUCCUAUGUAUUAUUUUUAUAGUCUUGCAUUCAUGAUUAUGAUAAAAAAGUAAAUACUAAUUAAUUAUGGAAAUAGUACUAAUGGCUUGCCAUGCAUGAACAUUUUAAUUAGUUUGAAAUCCUUUUGUAUUGUGUUACUUGGUUUAAAGGGAACAUCCUCCCUGAGUUAAAGAGGAUUUUAUUAAAAAUUAUAUAGAUUUAAGACUAGUCCCUUAAAUAGGCUCAAACUAAUUUGUUCCAGAUUAAAAUUAGCAAUGUCAAUCAUGAUGGGUAAUUCAUAACCUUUCUGAACUAUCACUCCCAGUGAAUGUUCUGCUGAGAUUGAGUACUUUUCAGAUACUGUUCUUCAGAAGAUGGGUCCUGGAGCAAUAAAAUCCUCAUAAUUAGGGAACUGUUUAUGAUCUGUACUAUGACAGACGCAAACUAUUUCUGGAGUCCACUCAAUUGAGAAAAAUACCUUAGAAAAACCCAAACAGAAACCCUUGGUUUUAAUAACCUAUUUCUGGUAAUGAAAAACAAACUGGGGCACUGUCCAGGAAGGAGCAAUUCUUUAAACUGAGUUUUCUACAUAAACGGGGUUUAGAAAGUGGGAUUUAUCUCUGCCGCGAACACCAAAGUUCAUCCAAAAGAUAGUUGGGCUUCCAGUGUUCCUGUGCUUCUGUUCAGUCUGUAUACACCUGUUCUCGCGCAUGUCUAACCUGAUUCACCUCUGUAACAUGCCAUGUGGCUUUUAAUUGGCAGUCACUCAGCCAUUUCCAGGCAGGCAUGGUAUUACCUUUCAGAACUCAUACUGGCAGGUAUAAAAAGAUCUAAAGCUGAGAAUAAACCCACAUACUGCAUACCAAGCUGUUUUCUUUCCCCCUUCAAGGUGCUAAAACUUGCACCUCAAACUCACAGUAGACAUAGAGCACAGCGAAACUCAGCUCUGAAAGGUAAUAGUGCCUGUGAGGAAGUGAGCCCGCAGUGGCCCUUGCAAUACUGUAGGUGUAACCAUUUGUUAACUGUACCGAAGGCGUGUGUCCUUAGGAAAGUGUUCAAAUUAAAAGAGCUGCUGUCAAGUAGACUGUGUGGCCUUUUCCUUUGCAUUCUGGGGUUCUGACCCCUCAGUCACAUUUCCAGUGCUGCAACUUUAAAAUGCAGCUCUUACUCUUGCUCACAUAUAGAGAAAGCACAACAGGGUAUGGAGAUCUGGAAGUGUGCAGUUGAAACCUGUGUCUCAGUAUUUUUGUUUUUUUUAAUAACCCUGG